AUCACGUGUCAAGACAGCGCUUGUAGACGUCAGUGUCUCUCGGCUCUGUUCAUCUGAAGAAGGGAAAUCGGUCCACAGCUACACACACACACACGGAGAAAGUGGUUGAGAGGAUUUAUAGAUUGAAAGAAGGGUGAAGGCGGAAGAUCCUGCUUUGUAUUGUGUUGUUGUGACAGUGAAUUACCUACAGUAGAGCAUCGGUACACAGUGCCAGCCAGGAUGAUUCUGGCCAAACUGAAAGACGUGGGGAAGCAGCUCCUGCGGGUGAAGGUCGUCGACUGUAACGCCGAGGACUCCCGCUUGUGUCGAUGCCUCAACACAUUCGAUCUGGUGGCCCUCGGGGUCGGCAGCACGCUGGGGGCCGGCGUCUACGUGCUCGCCGGCGCCGUGGCCCGAAGCAGCUCCGGACCUGCCAUCGUCCUCUCCUUCCUCAUCGCCGCCCUGGCUUCCGUCCUCGCCGGGCUGUGCUACGCCGAGUUUGGAGCCCGUGUCCCCAAAACUGGCUCGGCCUACCUCUACAGCUACGUGACCGUGGGAGAACUGUGGGCCUUCAUCACGGGCUGGAACCUCAUCCUCUCUUACAUCAUCGGAACUUCAAGCGUGGCCAGAGCGUGGAGCGCCACCUUUGACGAGCUGAUUGGACGGCACAUUGAGAUAUUCUGCAGACGAUACAUGACCAUCAAUGCCCCGGGCAUCCUGGCAGAAUAUCCGGACAUAUUUGCCGUCUUCAUCAUCCUUAUUCUGACGGGACUGCUUGUAUUUGGAGUGAAGGAGUCGGCCAUGGUAAAUAAAGUGUUCACCUGCAUCAACGUGCUGGUGCUGCUGUUUGUGGUCAUCUCCGGCAUGGUGAAGGGAAACCUGGAGAACUGGGACGUGAACCCUGAAAAGGUCCUCAAUUUCACCAGAAACUCCAGCCACAACAUGACUGAUUAUUUGCCAACAAAAGAAUCCCUUGGUCAGGGCGGUUUUAUGCCAUUUGGCUUCUCUGGAGUCCUCUCUGGUGCGGCCACGUGUUUUUAUGCCUUCAUCGGGUUUGACUGCAUCGCCACUACAGGAGAGGAGGUGAAGAAUCCCCAGAGGGCCAUCCCUGUCGGGAUCGUGGCCUCGCUCCUCAUCUGUUUCGUGGCGUACUUCUGCGUGUCCGCUGCGCUCACUGUGAUGAUGCCGUACUACCUGCUGGACAGAAACAGCCCUCUGCCCGUGGCCUUUAAGUACGUGGGCUGGGAGGGAGCCACGUACGCCGUGGCCAUCGGCUCUUUGUGCGCCCUGUCCACCAGUUUACUAGGCUCCAUGUUCCCAAUGCCCAGAGUGAUCUGGGCCAUGGCAGAAGACGGGCUGCUCUUCAAAUGUUUGGCUAAAAUCAGCGAGCGAACCAAAACCCCUCUAACAGCUACAAUAACAUCGGGUGUCGUGGCAGCUGUGAUGGCGUUCCUGUUUGACCUGAAGGACCUGGUUGACCUCAUGUCCAUCGGCACCUUGCUGGCCUACACCCUGGUCGCUGCCUGUGUGCUGGUCCUCAGGUACCAGCCCGUGCAGCCCAGUGCGGCCUACGAGAUGGCCAACACUCAGGAGGAGCCGGACAACAACGAGUCGUGUAGCGAGGUGAACAUGGACAUGCUGUACCCGCCCGCAGAUCGCUUCUCCAUCAGGAACCUGUUUUGCCCCUCGAACACUGAACCUUCGCGACUGUCUGGCUCCAUUGUGAAUGUUUGCACCAGUAUACUCGGUGUGUUGGUGUUUGUCUUCAGUAUUGUAGCUGUUCAUGGAGGGAUAGCGCCCUGGUCACUGACCAUCCUCACUAUCGUCACGGUGACCUGUCUGGUUCUCUGCGGCAUCGUGUGCCGACAACCUCAGAGCAGAACCAAGCUCGCCUUCAAGGUUCCCCUGCUGCCGUUUCUCCCAGUCGUCAGUAUGUUUAUUAACGUUUACCUGAUGAUGCAGCUCGGCGGAGGAACCUGGCUGCGUUUUGCCAUCUGGAUGGCUCUAGGUUUUGUUAUCUACUUUGGCUACGGCAUUCGAAACAGCGCAGAGGCCACGUCGAACAAGUCCGGCCCCUACAAGCCGGCCUGCACGAUAAAGGGAGAGCCCAUGACCAAGGAGAAGGAGGCCUUCCUGCGUGACGGGCAGAGCGCCGCCGCAGACGACGAAGAUGAAGACGACGACGAAGAUUGAGGAAACAGGAGGUUCACUAAUCUACUCUGUUCUGCGUAUCAAAACAAUGACGUGUGACUGAAAUCCAGGAGACGUAUGGAGACUCGUGUGAACCUGUCACUCAGAGCAUUGAGUUGUUUAAAAUUAUUUGGUCUAAUUUGGCUGUUUGACUCAGUAAAAGACGAGAUGAAUAUCUGGAAACCAAGAUUUUAAGUCGAAAAAACAUAAUUUUUGAAUAUAAAAUAUGAUUUUUUUGUUUUAACAAUUUUGAUAUGAUCAAUUUUUACUGAGCACAAAUGAAGCUGUGGAUAGGAACCAGAGCAAAAGUACAAUAUGUGCAGUACACAUGUGUAUUGGUAAAGUUUAUUUUGGUUCCUUCAUCUACAGGAUAAGCUUCAUUAUGAUUAUUUAAAAAAAAAUUUAAAGUUGUAUUUGAGCUUGAACUUUGAGAGUUCAGUAUCUGUUACUUUCCUGAUGAGGAACGAUGCUGAACAAUGAACACCCAAGCAGACCCAGUGAUCAGCUGCUGGUUCAUCACAAGAGCAUUAAAACCGACAGGACGUCGCUCGUAACAAGUGAAAUAAUUACAAAACUAUAAAAGCUUUUUUUUAUGAAAUGCAGCUCAACUUGGCAUUCGGGCAACUUCGCGUGGCAGAUUUCCCGGUAGAUUUUUGUCACUCAUCUUGCUGGGUUAUUACUUUUUACAUCCGCAUCCUUUUACGUUGCAUUUUCAUUUUUAAUUAAGAAUCUGUAAAUAAUAAUUCCUCAAAUCACAGCGGAGAAUUCCACUGUGUUUAAAGGAUGACUGUUGUUACUGGGGAAAGUUCUAGAAAACACAUGUCUUUUAUUUUUUAUACAAUAACUGUGUAGCUCGGGCAGUCACAGCAUGGUGCUACGUACAUUGUGAUUGAAGAGUUUGAUGUUUCGUGGAGUUGUCUUUGUCCUCAUGCUCACGGCACAAACAUUUAUCUUCAGAGGUUCGGUCGUCUCUCACUUUAACAGAAGAUACGAACACAAAAUCCAAAACACGACUUCAAAAGCCGCACAAUGGAAACACAAUCACAACGGAAGUGAGCGACAACGGACGCUGACAAUGAGCAGAGUAACUUUCUGCUGUCGGGUCACGAUCUGUCAUUUGUGAAAACUCGCUCAAGCCAGUCGCCGGUUAAUAUUUGAUGCUUUUCUAUUUGAGGAGUUAUGGUAUAGGUGCAUUUUUUUUUUACCCUUUUUACCGUAAAACUUCAAAUAAACAAGCAUCAUGUUUUAAGCAGUGAUUGGAUUGUCCAGGUUUUUGAUCCCAUCAGGUUACUCUUCUCGUUUCAUCGUCAAAAUCCGUUGUCGCUCGCUUCCGAUGAGAUUGUGCAUCUUUUGCAUUUGUGUUUUCUGUUGAUGUAACUUGUGUGAGACAUCUCGGCAGCUGUAUUUAUCAGUGACACACGGCACCACACCACAUGGCGGUGCUUUCUACCAGGGAACUGCACUUUUUACCUCGUCAACGUAAUACAAGUGAAAGAAGCUGCUAAUGUGACUGGAUUCAUUGGAUAUUUAAAGGGAUGUAUUUAAGUGCGUGUUGGCCAAAUGAAUGUAAAACCUUUUAGAGGCGUGACCUGCUACGAUUGUGAAAUAUAUAUAUAUAUAUUUUAACCGUUUUGUCUGUAUAAAAUGUACACUCUAGAUUUUUGAAAAUCCUAUAUGUAAAUACAUCUAUAAGAGAAAUUGAACAAUUUCAGAUGAUUUACCCUUUUUUGAGUUUGCACUAAAAACUGAAAAUGCAACAAGGUAAAAAAUAUCUCUUCCCUUUUGAAAUGAACUCUGUUAAACUAUUGUUGUUUUGACCUGUAACCUGAAUGAAAUUGUGUUAAUUUAAUUGGAUUAUAUGUUAAAAAGCAUUGUUUAUUGACAAAGCUGCUGUAUUUCCUCUAUUGACGUAAUUUAAAAGUUUAGAAAACUAGAUGUAAAUAACAUUUAUACUUCAAGAUAUUGAAGCAGCAUUUGCAAGCGAGAUGAAUCUUCAACAAUAAUUAGUUUUCUUUGCACUUAUUUAAAUUAAAACAUGUGCAUUAUUACCCGAAAGGCUCAUUUUCCACAUUUGAACAUUUGUAAAUACAGUUUUGAUUGAUUUAUUUUAAGUUACUGCCCAUAGAAAAACUUUGACUUGUCUACAACUAUCAGCGUGCAUCUAAAACCAUUUGUUACAGACAUCAUGUAAAGUAAAUAACACUGAUUUCAAUGUAUCAGCACUGAAUUCAUGUUGUGUGUUUGUUUUGUAAGAACCGGACGGGAGUUGUUCUCGAGGUCAACGCCUUCUUCACUGAUGUUAUGUGUUUUUUGAUAUCGAUGCCGUGUCGAGCUGUUGAAACCACAACAGUUUGGAUGUUUGUCCUUGACACUUGUCUCUUCUGUGUGAACCUUUAUUUGCAUGGUGACGUAUCUAAAGUGUAAACAUCCCAGUGCUGCGAGGUCGGAGCAGUGGAGAUCAGAUGUACAGCUUUUCUACAGCCGCCUUUUUCGUUGGUUGCAGUUUGUAUAGUUUUUUCUGCUGUAAAUAAAUAAUGCUACAUA